CGAUCGAUCGAGCCGCGACAUCUCUCUCUCGGUCAAUUCCGCCCGUUAGCCUCCAACGAUCCAAACCGCCUCGUCAUAAAUAGGCAAAGAAACGAACAAGGAGGUGGCAGAGUGUGAGCACUGGUCGCUUGCUUGUGCUUUGCUUUGCUAGGACGAGAAGAAAAGAAAAGCGGCGAGAGCUAAGCGAGGAAGGAUGCGUGGGGCGUCGGCAUUGGCAUCUCUCGUCGCCGCGGCGGCGGUGGCGCUGCUCCUCCUCAUCGACGGCUGCGGCGGCGCCAUGUACAAGGUUGGCGACCUCGACGCCUGGGGCAUCCCGCCGCCGUCCAAGCCCGACGUCUACUCGCGCUGGGCCAAAUCCAUCCACUUCGCGCUCGGCGACUCCAUCUGGUUUCUGUACCCGCCGAGCCAGGACUCGGUGGUGCAGGUGACGCCGGUGGCGUUCGCCGCCUGCCAGGCGUCGGACCCGGUGCUGAAGCUCGACGACGGCAACUCCGUCUUCAACCUCACCACGCCCGGCCGCGUCUACUACAUCAGCGCCGCGCUGGGACACUGCCGGAAGGGCCAGAGGCUGGCCGUCGACGUGCCCAUGGCCAACGGCACCUACCUGCCGCCCACCGCCAACGACCUCGCCGCCUUCGCGCCGAUGCCGGCCGAGGCGCCGGCGGGGUUCGAGUCGGCGGCGCUCGGCCCCGCCGGAGCGCGACAGUCGGCGGCGCCCCGAGCCGCCGCCGCCGGCGGAGCUGGAUCCGUCCUUCUUGCUGCUCUUGCCUUCGCCGUCUUCUUGCUGUGAGAGCAUCUUGUUGAUUGUGGAUUUUAUCUUAGGGAGUUUAUUAUUAACUUUGGAUGAUCAGAGCUUGGAUCUCCAUAUUCUUAUUUUUUAUCCGUUUGUAUUGGAUUGUACAAUGAAAUGAUGGUGAUGAUUCUUUUUUUUUUUUGCAUCGAUCAACUCAGCUGGCAUCCAUUGCAUCUGCA